UCUUUGUUUAGUAUUGAGUUGUCUCAUCUAUUUCAUUUUGCAUUGCAAUUAAGUAGAAUUCGGUGAAAUUUAUCAGCAAUCGCAUUAUAAUUUAAGGAAACAAAAUUCAAAGUGGAUUUGGAAGCAGAAGAAGUCAAAAUGAUGGAGGAAAUGAUGGAGACGAUUGUACCUCAGGAAGAUUUUGAUCGUAAUGAGCAAAAGUAUCUUCGAGAAUUGGAAUUGGAUGGACGUGCAAGUGUAGAAGCAAAAUUUGGUUAUGCACUUUGUUUGGUCAGAUGUGCGCACAAACAAGAUAUCGCUAAGGGCAUUGAAUUGUUGGAAGAAUUAAUGGAACAGCAUUCCGAAGGAAGGCGUGAUUAUCUUUAUUAUUUAGCACUGGGAGAAGCGCGUAUGAAAAAUUAUGACCGUGCACUUCAAUAUUGUAAAGCUUUCCUGGAAAUAGAGGAAAAUCCUCAAGUUCGCUCAUUAGAGGAGUGCAUUCAAAAGCGAUACGAUAAAGAUUUGAAGAAAGGCAUGGCUGUAGCUGGAGGAGCAGUUCUUGUGUUAGGCGGUAUUUUGGGUCUAGGCAUAGCGCUUGCCAAAAAUAAAAACAAGCGUGAUAAAUAAAUAACUAGCGAGCGGAAAAUACCAGUCAGCUGAAAAAAGUAACUGAAGCCAAAUCUUGUUGAAACUAACUGUAUAUUUAAUGCAAUGAGUAGAUGUGGAUUUAAUUCUGGAUCUGAUUUUAAAAAUAUCGUAAAGUAGUAAAGAGUUCUACACAACACAAUAACGAGAGCAUUAAACACAAAUAAAUGUUCUAUUUAAAAGUUUU